AUGCAACAACUAUAAAAUUGUCUGCUUGAUAAAGACAUGAUUCUUCAAAGUGAUGGUACUCUAUAUAUCGGAUCUUUUAAUCAACAACACCUCGAGGGAUAUAGUUUAGUAAUCAAUCCUGAUGGAUCGUAUUAUUAUGGAUUCUUUAAGAGAUCCAAACCUAAAGAUGUAGGUGUUUAUAAACUGAAGAACUCUUGUCUAAAGUUAUUCUGGGGAGAUGAUGAUACCAUCAAGAGUGUUGAAAACAUUGAAAAUAUUGGCUUCAUAUAAAAAAUUAUUCCAUUUAAGAAUAAUUGUUACGGCAAUAAAUUACUCAUCAGGAUCAAUCCAUUAAGUUAUGGAGUGACUAAGAACCAAAAGUAUGAUGGAUUCACAGUUAUGCAUUAUAAAAAUGGUGACAUUUACUAUGGAAACGUAUAUAAAGGAAAAUAGAAUGGAGAAGGCAUUCAUUAUAAUAAUUACUUAUAAGAAUGGUAUUGGAAUAAAUAUACUCAUGGAAAAUUAGUGUCACAUUAGCUUUAUGGCAAAAAUCUUGUACCAAGAGAAUUGAUUAGCAAACUCUUUAAUAAAGUGAAUUUUAAGCCCUCCUAAAUCACCAUGGUCUCUCUUUCCAAUAUCCAAUAAUUGAUAAUAAAUCAAUUGCUACUCAAUAGUGAGUAAAAUCAUUUAUCUUUGGCAUCAACUGUUCAAAGUGCUCAUCCUGCUCAUCGAGAGAAUCUCUCAUAAAUUUUGAUUGAUGAAGAUGAUAUUAAUAAUGCUGAUGAGUUGGAAAUUUUGCAAGAUUCCUAGAUUGUAUCUAAUGAUUAAGAUCUUCAAAUUUACAACCAAAAUGAUUAGUAAGAUGAAUUAGAAGCUAAAUUAUCAAAAUGUUAAACAGAAAAAGCCUUAUUAAGAAUUGAGAAAUAGAGAUAAAAUAAAUUUUCAACAUAGCCUUCUCAAUCAAAAUCUCCUAAAAAUAUUAGAUAAUAAAAUACUUUAACAACAAUGUAAUCAGCCCCAAAAAUAACCAUAUAUAAGAGAUCUGUUUCACCAGUUUUUACUACUAUUCGUCACUUGUUUUCAGUAAUCAGAAUUUGA